ACUUCCUGUUUCUUUAGAGGAACGUGGCUUUCCCCGCUGCGCUCCACUUCCUCUGCGCGUCUGUGCUGCAGCGGCCGGAACCGGAGUCGGACCCGAGCGCAGCCUCACCAUGGAUUCGGCCCUCAGCGACCCGCACAACGGCAGCGCCGAGGCGAGCGGCCCGGCCAACGGCACGACGCGCCCGCCGUCCACGCCCGAGGGCAUCGCGCUGGCCUACGGCAGCCUCCUGCUCAUGGCGCUGCUGCCCAUCUUCUUCGGCGCCCUGCGUUCAGUGCGCUGCGCCCGCGGCAAGAGCCCCUCGGACAUGCCGGAGACCAUCACCAGCCGGGACGCUGCCCGGUUCCCCAUCAUCGCCAGCUGCACGCUCCUGGGGCUCUACCUCUUUUUCAAGAUAUUCUCCCAGGAGUACAUCAACCUCUUGCUGUCCAUGUAUUUCUUCGUGCUGGGAAUCCUGGCCCUGUCCCACACCAUCAGCCCCUUCAUGAAUAAGUUCUUUCCAGCCAACUUCCCAUAUCGACAGUACCAGCUGCUCUUCACUCAGGGCUCCGGGGAGAACAAGGAAGAGAUCAUCAAUUAUGAGUUUGACACCAAGGACCUGGUGUGCCUGGGCCUGAGCAGCAUCGUUGGUGUCUGGUACCUGCUGCGGAAGCACUGGAUCGCCAACAAUCUCUUUGGCCUGGCCUUCUCCCUUAACGGGGUAGAGCUUCUGCAUCUGAACAAUGUCAGCACUGGCUGCAUCCUGCUGGGCGGACUCUUCAUCUACGAUGUGUUCUGGGUAUUUGGCACCAACGUGAUGGUGACAGUGGCCAAGUCCUUUGAGGCACCAAUAAAAUUGGUGUUUCCUCAGGAUCUGCUGGAGAAGGGCCUGGAAGCAGACAACUUUGCCAUGUUGGGACUUGGAGAUAUCGUCAUUCCAGGCAUCUUCAUUGCCUUACUGCUGCGUUUUGACAUCAGCUUGAAGAAGAACACCCACACCUACUUCUACACCAGCUUUGCAGCCUACAUCUUUGGCCUGGGCCUUACCAUCUUCAUCAUGCACAUCUUCAAGCAUGCCCAGCCUGCCCUCCUGUACCUGGUCCCCGCCUGCAUUGGCUUCCCUGUCCUGGUGGCACUGGCCAAGGGAGAAGUCACAGAGAUGUUCAGCUACGAGUCCUCGGCCGAAAUCCUGCCUCAUACCCCGAGGCUCACCCACUUCCCCACAGUCUCGGGCUCCCCAGCCAGCCUGGCCGACUCCAUGCAGCAGAAGCUAGCUGGCCCUCGCCGCCGGCGCCCGCAGAAUCCCAGCGCCAUUUAUGAGGAGUCAAAUCCUACGGAUCCAGCGGCAGUGACAGAAUCCAAAGAAGGAACAGAGGCAUCAGCAUCGAAGGGGCUGGAGAAGAAGGAGAAAUGAUGCGGUGCUGUCUGACCCUCUGAGGCCAGACGGGCCAGGCGGGGGCUGGACCAGCGCGGGCCUGCAGAGGCAAGGCUGCCGGAGCCCAGGCAACUCCAGGACAGGGCGGGGCACCGGAGCCCUCCAGUAGGGGCCUCCCCCCUUCUGUGGCUUUCCUCUGCCCCUCCUCACCCCUGCCAGCUAAGGAAGCCCCAGUUUCCCCCACCCCUUCCAAGUGCCAGGUGGGAAAAGUGGGUCUGAUUUUUAGCUUUUUGUAUUGUGGACUGACUUUGCCUCACAUUAAAGACUCAUCCCAUUGCCA